GUUUUCUUCGGUACCAGCCGAAUGGCGGACCGUGAGGCGUCGCCGAUACCGUUGGAGAUCCGAGCCCGGCUGGCGGAGCUGGAGCUGGAGCUGUCAGAGGGGGACAUCACUCAGAAGGGUUAUGAGAAGAAGAGGUCCAAGCUGAUCAGGGCAUAUGCUGGAGCUUUUCUGCCUGCUUUUGUAGGUAUGGAGGGGCCCAUGUCUCAUCGGGCCCCGCUCGGCCCCCCGGCCGCCGCCCGCUUCCACCGGCGGAGAACGUCCGGAACCAGAGACGAGCGCUACCGAUCAGACGUCCACACUGAGGCGGUCCAGGCCGUGUUGGCGCGACACGUAGAGAGGAAGAUGGCGGUGCCCAUGCCUUCCAAACGGCGCUCCCUGGUGGUCCAGACCUCCAUGGACGCUUACACGCCUCCAGGGCUGUCGCCGCUGUGCUCUGACUCGUCGUCGGGCUCAGAGGAGGAGGCGGGUCCGGGCGACGACAUGACGGGCAUGGAGCACUGGAUGAGCCGGCCCUCCCAGCUCGGCCCCGCCCACCUGGGCUCCACCUCCUCGUCGUCGUCGUCCACGCAGAGCGGAGGCAGCGGGAACGCCGGGCGGCUGGCCGACUCGCUGGCGCACACGCACAUCGCGCACCUGGCGCACCUGGGCCACCCUCACCUGGGCCAGCCGCACCACCAGCAGAGCCUGCUGUCACAGUCGCAUCACGGAAUCGGCCACCUGUCUCUGAAGAGGAAGGGCGCUCUGAGCGUGGCGGAGAACGGCGGCUCUCUGCGGCGGUCCUGUGAGUUUGGAUCGGACAUGCUGUGGCCGCCGCCUCUGGAGUCGGAGGAGAACCACUCGGCGCAGCCGGACGUGACGGGAUACUCGUCGGACUCGUCCCACUCCCACACCGAGCGGCACCACAUGUCCAACAUGGGCACCAUCGCCAGGAGCACGCAGAAGUACGGCAACGCCGAGCGCAUGGAGACCGGCGACGGUGUUCCAGUCAGCAGUCGGGUGUCGGCUAAGAUCCAGCAGCUCGUCAACACGCUGAAGCAGCCCCGCAGGCCGCCGCUGCGCGAGUUCUUCGUCGACGACUUUGAUGAGCUUCUGGAGGUCCAGCAGCCGGACCCCAACCAGCCACGGCCGGAGGGGGCGGAGAUGAUGCCGGUGAGGGGGGAGCCGCUGGGCGUGGUCACUAACUGGCCCCCCUCCCUGGAGGCGGCGCUGCAGCGCUGGGGCACCAUCUCCCCCAAAGCGCCCUGCCUCACCAGCCUGGACACAGCGGGGAAACCCCUCUACGUCCUCACAUACGGGAAGCUGUGGUCACGCAGCAUCAAGUUGGCCUACAACAUUCUCCACAAACUGGGCAGCAAGCAGGAGCCGAUGGUGCGGCCGGGCGAUCGGGUGGCGUUGGUGUUUCCUAACAACGACCCAGUAGCCUUCAUGGUGGCCUUCUACGGCUGCCUGCUGGCUGAGGUGGUUCCUGUUCCCAUCGAGGUGCCGCUGAGUCGCAAAGAUGCCGGCAGCCAGCAGAUCGGGUUUUUAUUGGGCAGCUGCGGCGUUACCGUGGCGCUGACCAGCGAUGCCUGCCAUAAGGGUCUUCCAAAGAGCGCAACAGGAGAGAUCCCGCAAUUCAAAGGAUGGCCCAAGCUGCUGUGGUUUGUAACGGAGUCCAAGCAUCUCUCCAAGCCUCCCAGAGACUGGUUCCCGCACAUCAAGGACGCAAACAACGACACGGCGUACAUAGAGUAUAAAACCUGUAAGGACGGCAGCGUUCUGGGCGUCACGGUAACGAGGAUCGCUCUGCUAACACACUGCCAGGCUCUCACCCAGUCCUGCAGCUACACCGAGGCUGAAACCAUAGUGAACGUCUUGGACUUUAAGAAGGACGUGGGCUUGUGGCACGGCAUCCUGACGAGCGUGAUGAACAUGAUGCAUGUGAUCAGCGUGCCGUACUCCCUGAUGAAGGUCAACCCUCUGUCGUGGAUCCAGAAGGUCUGCCAGUACAAAGCCAAGGUGGCCUGCGUCAAGUCCAGAGAUAUGCACUGGGCUCUGGUGGCCCACAAGGACCAGAAAGACAUCAACCUGAGCUCGCUGCGGAUGCUGCUGGUGGCCGACGGUUCCAAUCCCUGGUCCAUUUCCUCCUGUGACGCCUUCCUCAACGUGUUUCAGACCAAAGGGCUGAGGGGAGAGGUCAUCUGUCCCUGCGCCAGCUCCCCCGAGGCCUUGACGGUCGCCAUCAGGAGGCCGGUGGAGGACAGCAGCCAGCCUCCGGGCCGCGGCGUCCUGUCCAUGCAGGGUCUGAGCUACGGCGUGGUGCGGGUGGACACGGAGGAGCGUCUGUCUGUCCUCACCGUUCAGGACGUCGGCACCGUCACACCAGGAGGCCUGGUGUGCGUGGUGAAGCCCGAGGGCGUCCCUCAGCUCUGCCAGACGGACGAGAUCGGCGAAUUCUGCGUCUGCUCCGUUGCCACGGGAACGUCCUACUACGGCCUGACAGGAAUGACCAAGAACACCUUCGAGGUGUACCCGGUGAGCUCCGGCGGUGGUCUGAUCAGCGAGUACGCCUUCGUGCGGACCGGCCUGCUGGGCUUCAUCGGACCCGGCGGCCUGGCCUUCAUCACGGGGAAAAUGGACGGCCUCAUCAUGGUGAGCGGGCGGCGGCACAACGCCGACGACAUCGUCGCCACGGCGCUGGCGGUGGAGCCCAUGAAGUUCGUCUACAGGGGCCGGAUCGCCGUGUUCUCCGUGACGGUGUUGAGAGACGAGCGCAUCGUGGUGGUGGCCGAGCAGAGGCCCGACUCCACGGAGGAGGACAGCUUCCAGUGGAUGAGCCGGGUGCUGCAGGCCAUCGACAGCAUCCAUGGCGUAGGCGUGUUCUGUCUGGCUCUGGUUCCGGCCAACACCCUCCCCAAAACCCCGCUGGGCGGCAUCCACCUGUCGGAGAUCAAGCAGCUGUACCUGGAGGGGGGGCUGCACCCCUGCAACGUCCUGAUGUGCCCCCACACCUGCGUCACCAACCUGCCCAAACCGCGGCAGAAGCAGCCAGAGAUCGGACCCGCCUCCGUGAUGGUGGGGAACUUGGUGUCGGGGAAGAGGAUAGCUCAGGCCAGUGGCAGAGACCUGGGGCAGACCGACGACAACGACCAGUUUCUGUUCCUGUCAGAAAUCCUGCAGUGGCGAGCCCAGACCACCCCGGACCACGUCCUCUACACCCUGCUCAGCUCCCGGGGGGCGGUGUCGAGCUCCCUCACUUGUCUGCAGCUGCACAAGCGGGCGGAGCGAGUAGCAGCUCUGCUGAUGGAGAGAGGAGGCCUGCAGGAGGGAGACCAUGUGGCUCUGGUUUACCCGCCAGGCAUCGACCUGAUCGCGGCGUUCUACGGCUGCCUGUACGCCGGCUGCGUUCCCAUCACGGUGCGGCCGCCUCACCCCCAGAACAUCUCCACCACGCUGCCCACCGUCAAGAUGAUCGUCGAGGUCAGCCACUCGGCCUGCGUCAUGACGACGGCCGUCAUCUGCAAGCUGCUGCGCUCUAAGGAGGCCACGGCCACCGUGGACAUCAGGAACUGGCCUCCGGUUCUGGACACCGACGACCUGCCAAAGAAGAAGCCUCCAGCUUUCCAUAAGCCCACCAACCCCGACGGCCUGGCCUAUCUGGACUUCAGCGUGUCCACCACCGGCAUGCUGGCCGGAGUCCAGAUGUCCCAUAAUGCAGUUGGAGCCUUCUGCCGCUCGGUGAAGCUGCAGUGUGAGCUGUACCCGUCCAGAGAGGUGGCCAUCUGCCUGGACCCGUACUGUGGCCUCGGCUUCGUCCUCUGGUGUCUCUGCAGCGUUUACUCGGGCCACCAGUCCAUCCUGAUCCCGCCGGUGGAGCUGGAGACCAACCCGGCUCUGUGGCUGCUGGCCGUCAGCCAGCUGAGGGUGCGAGACACUUUCUGCUCCUACAGCGUCAUGGAGCUCUGCACCAAAGGACUCGGCCUGCAGACCGAAGCACUGAAGGCCCGAGGUCUGGACCUGUCCCGGGUCCGGGCCUGCGUGGUGGUGGCAGAGGAGAGACCCAGGAUGGCGCUCACACACUCCUUCUCCAAACUCUUCAAGGACCUGGGCCUCCACCCUCGCUCCGUCAGCACAGCGUUUGGCUGCAGAGUCAACCUGGCCAUCUGUCUGCAGGGGACCUCAGGACCCGACCCCACCACCGUGUACGUGGACAUGAGAGCGCUGCGCCAUGACAGGGUUCGGUUGGUGGAGAGAGGCUCGCCCCACAGCCUGCCGCUAAUGGAGUCUGGGAAGAUUCUGCCAGGAGUCCGUAUCAUCAUCGCCAACCCGGAGACCAAAGGGCCGCUGGGAGACUCCCACCUGGGAGAGAUCUGGGUCCACAGCGCUCACAACGGCAGCGGCUACUACAGCGGCUACGGCGAGGAAGUGCUGCAGUCGGACCACUUCAGCUCCAGACUCAGCUUCGGAGACACCCAGACGGUCUGGGCCAGAACCGGAUACCUGGGCUUCCUCCGCCGCACCGAGCUCACAGACGCCAACGGAGAGAGGCACGACGCUCUGUUCGUGGUCGGGGCGCUGGAGGAGGCCAUGGAGCUGCGGGGGAUGAGGUACCACCCCAUCGACAUCGAGACCUCCGUCAUCCGCGCACACAAGAGCAUCAUGGAGUGCGCCGUCUUCACCUGGACCAACCUGCUGGUGGUGGUGGUGGAGCUGGAGGGCUCUGAGCAGGAGGCCCUGGACCUGGUUCCUAUGGUGACCAAGGCCGUGCUGGAGGAGCACUACCUGAUCGUGGGCGUCGUCGUGGUGACGGACGUCGGCGUCAUACCCAUCAACUCCCGCGGCGAAAAGCAGCGCAUGCACCUCCGCGACGGCUUCCUACAAGACCAGCUGGACCCCAUCUACGUGGCCUACAACAUGUAGCCUGGCUGUGUGUGUGUGUGUGUGUGAGAGUGAGAGAGGGUGUGUGUGUGUGUGUGUGUGUGUGUGUGUGUGUGUG